GCUCCUGUGGCUUUCUCUCUUCAGUCUCAGAUUUGUUCAUUCAGCUCUAUCUGCUUUCUUCACCUCCAUUUAAUCUUUCUUCUGAUCAUCUCUCCUGAAAGAGUUCUUGCUAUUGGAUCAUGGCGGGCAAAGGAGGAGGGCACAUCCCAAAGUUUGGAGACUGGAAGAGCAGCGAUGGUGGCACCCCUUACACGGUGUUCUUUGACGAUGCCCGGAAGAGGAAGAAUAAUGCAGGUGGUGGCGUGGUGCCUCCUGCUGAGCCUCCUCCUCCUCUGCCUCGUGGUGACUCUGUGCCUCCUUCAGGCCACAGAACGCCUCCUCGUGGAGCCGCUCCUGCUACCCCACGAAGAAACAAGGAUCCUGCGUCUCGGCCCCGUAGCCAAAGCGCGGUUGGGCAUGGUGGGUCAGUGCCUCCUUGGGGCCAGUGGAACGAAAACCAGGCCACAGGUGGUGGUGCCCAGCAAUAUACACUCAUGUUCGAGCAGAUUAGGGAUGAGAGGAGAGGCAGUGCUCCUUCAACACCUAACAUUGAGCAGCUCAAUCGUGCUACUCCAUCUCGGUACAACAACCAUCACAACCAACAUGCCAAUAGGCCCAAGGGAUUCACAUGUUUUGGCUUGUGCUUGAAGUGAAGGAAUCACCCAUGGCUGGCUGGAUUGAGGAAAGUGUAUUUAUAUGUUAGUGGAUAUACUACCUUUCUGUGCAGUUGUGAAGUUACUGUUAUAAGUUUUUCAGUCUAUGGUUGAAUUGUAUGUAUAAGCAUUUUGAUCACCUUGUUGCACAUGAAUACAUGAUGGUGAUGAAUUGAUGAUGAUGAAUAAAAUUUCU